ACUAACAGUACAAAGGAAAAACUAGAUACAAAAAUAAACUUUUUAAAAUGGGUCGCUGUAAGAAAGUAAAAAAGCCGUUUUUGCGAAAAAAUAAAUAUCAAGAACAUUCAGGUGAUUACUGUUUGACACCCGAGGAGGUACGUCGAUCGAUUCAGCGUUGGUCGUUCCUCUGGCGUUAUUUCCCGGAUUCCGAUUCUGAUAUAGAAACACAAAGUAGUUCUACUACAAAAUUUGCUUUGAAGGACCUAAAGGAAUAUGGUGAUUGGACUUUGAAAGAAAAAUUUGAUAUCAAGACGACUGGUAGGGAUAUUUUGAUGAAUUUGAGCAAAUUACCUUAUCCGGACAUCAUCAAGCCGCCUGUUUCAUAUGCCUCUCAACUACCCAAUACCCUGCGGGUAAAUAGUCCUCCCUACAUAACCCAUAAGAUCUUUGAGUACGUAUUGCCGGAAAUUUGUGAAAAGGCUAAAGAAUUUAUGGAACCACCCAAAUGUGAGGGAGCCGUGGGCUACGAUCUUCGUUAUUUCGACACUCCCAUAAUGAUAAAACCUCUUUGCGUUCAUCAUAAACCCCAACCUUUGGUAUCCCCUCAAAAAAACGUGGAUUGUGAUAAUUGGAUGGAUGGCCGACAUAGUGCCAAAUUGUUGGUGGAACUCAAUCAACCUUUAGUGGAUUACAAUAAACUUCGACGAUGCUCCAUGAAAAAGAAACCUAAUCUGAAGCGGAAUAAACUUCUGUGUGGAUUGCCAAAAAAAUCGGUUCGACAACAUUUUACAAGAUGGUUGCGUCCCAGGGCCAAAAUUGUUUUUAAUUCGGAAUUGGAAGGAAUUGAAAAACAAUGGGAGGUGUGUGAGGAGGAGCAGCUGCCUUCCGAUGAUUAUUACGUGGAGCAUGUGAACGACGAACUGGAUCUGGAGACAGAGCAAUCUUAUGUUUCCUCUUUGUCCGAAGAUUUCAUACCGCAAGUAACCCGAUCCCAGUCUGAUCUCACACUUGACUAUCUUAGGACCCAGCCGAUAAUAAGGCGCUGCCACAGCUUAGACAGAAUUUAAUAGGUUUUUAUUUAUGGACUUUCUUUGCAUAGACUUAACCAUUUCGAGUUCCAUUAUUUAAAAUUCCAAAUCAUAAUUUUAAUAUUCAACGAUAUACAUUUAAAGUUUAGUUGGUGAGUGCUUGAAUUAAUGUUGCUGUACAAAAAUGUGAGUGUUCCAAAAACUCCCACUCAAAAAUCUAUUCAAGACCCACUUAUUUCGAGUUCACGCAAUUUAAAAGACCAGCAGUUAAUCGAGGAAAAAGAGCGGCAAUUGUAACAGGCGGCAAGCUCAUCGAUCAGUUGAAAUUAAUAAAAUACUCAAUAAAUGCGAUCACAAAAACGUGUGCAAACAAUCGAUCAAUCAGCGAUUUGACAGGCCCGCAAAUUGCUGGGUGAGCUGGAUUCGGAUUCGGAAUCCCCGACUUUGACUUUCGACUGGAACAUGGAAGUUGGAAUUGCGUUUAUGGGGACUGGGUCUGGAGGCCGAGUUGGCUGACAGCCAGUCUGCUACCAAUCUUUGAGUCCGAGACUUCAAAACAAUUACACAGCAACAUUUCCAAGAGCUGAGUAUCUGUAUAUCUGUUAUAAAUAUGUACGUUCACGGGCUUUAUUUGAGGGGGGGCUAUACAUAUCUGAAUUAUCUGAAUCUAAAUCAUGGAAACAUAAUCGGAAUCGGACAACUGCCACUGUACAACUGCGACGAGCAUUGGCCUGUUGAUUCAAGCGAUUAAUCGAUAACAAAUAAAAACAUUUCGACAACUACUUCCAAGGAACGUGCUCCCAGCAACCGCAAAACAGCAGUGCCAACUCCAGAACAAAACAAACCAUUGGUCCCCAACUCUCUUUUGCCAUAGUGAGAAAAAUCACUAAAUGUUUAUGAGAAAAUUAGAAAAAAAAUUAAUAUAAAGUUUGC